GAAGCAAGAGUAGGUUUUGGUUUUGUGGCAAUAGCAAUGGCGCCGAAGCAGAGAACAGCGAGAGUAAGCAGAAACCCCGAAUUGAUAAGGGGAAUUGGAAAAUACUCAAGGUCGAAGAUGUACCAUAAGAGAGGUAUCUGGGCCAUUAAGGCUAAGAACGGCGGCGUUUUCCCUCGCCACGAUCCCAACCCUAAGCCUCAAGCUCCACCUGAGAAACCCUCCAAGUUCUACCCUGCUGAUGAUGUCAAGAAGCCUCUUGUCAACAAGCACAAGCCCAAACCCACUAAGCUCAGGGCUAGCAUUACUCCCGGGACAGUGCUGAUUAUUCUUGCUGGCAGGUUUAAGGGAAAAAGAGUUGUCUUUCUGAAGCAGCUUCCUUCUGGGUUGCUUCUCGUAACCGGUCCUUUCAAGGUCAAUGGAGUUCCUUUGAGACGACUGAAUCAGUCAUAUGUUAUUGGCACGUCAACCAAAGUAGAUGUUUCUGCAGUUAAUGUGGAUAAAUUCGAUGACAAGUACUUCUCAAAGGAAGUCCAGAAAAAGAACAAGAAGGGAGAAGGCGAGUUCUUUGAGGCAGAGAAGGAGGAGAAAAAAGAGCUCCCGCAGCAGAAGAAAGAUGACCAAAAGACUGUGGAUUCCGCUUUGAUCAAAGCCAUUGAGAGUGUUCCAGAAUUGAAGGCUUACCUUGGUGCAAGGUUUUCAUUGAAGGGGGGCAUGAAGCCUCACGAGCUAGUCUUCUAGAGGAAAUAAGAGUCUUCGAAUCUUUUUCUAUAUUGUUUUUUUUUUUUUGAACUUGGACCUAAUAGUUGUAUUCAUCUACCUUUCUUGGUGAUAGACAUCUGAAGAACGUGAUUUAUUUUUUGCCAAAUUGCUCCAGGGUUUUUCCUUCCUUCAAUUUUGCUCUUGUGAACUAAUUGAUU